GGGAGUGGAUGGAGGAGAGGAGAGGGAGAAGGAUGGCAACAGGAGUCUUGAAUAUUUCUGCUCACACAUGACCUUUAACUUACUUUGGACCUAAAUUUUACCCAGACUUCUGUAUUUGCUCGAGAAUUUUCUGCACCAAGAUGUCGGCGUCGGCGAUAUUUAUCCUCGACCUGAAGGGAAAGGUGCUGAUCUGCCGCAACUACAUGGGCGACAUGGACAUGAACGAGAUCGACCACUUCAUGCCCAUCCUGAACAAGAGGGAGGAAGACGCCGAGGUGUCUCCGCUGGUGUGCCACGGCUCUGCGCACUUUUUGUUCAUCAAACACAGCAACCUCUACUUGGUGGCGAUGACCAAGAAGAAUGCCAACGCUGCUCUCGUCUACUCCUUUCUUUAUAAAAUAAUCCAGGUGUUUAAGGAAUACUUUAAGGAGCUGGAGGAGGAGAGCAUCCGUGACAACUUUGUGACCGUGUACGAGCUGAUGGACGAAGUGAUGGACUUCGGCUUCCCUCAGACGACCGACAGCCAGAUCCUGCAAGAGUACAUCACCCAGGAGGGCCAUAAACUGGAGGUGGGAGCUCCUCGACCCCCUGCCACCGUCACCAACGCCGUGUCCUGGCGAUCAGAGGGCAUCAAGUACAGAAAGAAUGAGGUUUUCAUGGACGUCAUUGAGUCUGUAAAUCUGCUGGUGAGCGCCACAGGCAGCGUCCUGCGCAGUGAAAUACUGGGCAGCAUCAAGCUGAAGGUGGUCCUGUCAGGGAUGCCUGAACUCAGGCUGGGCCUCAACGACAAAGUUCUGUUUGAAAUCACAGGCAGAGAAAAAAGUAAGACAGUGGAGCUGGAAGACGUAAAGUUUCAUCAGUGUGUGCGACUGUCACGUUUCGAGAACGACCGCACCAUUUCUUUCAUCCCACCUGAUGGCGAGAGUGAACUGAUGUCCUACCGCCUGAACACUGCAGUGAAGCCUCUCAUAUGGAUCGAGAGUGUGAUUGAGAAGUUUUCUCACAGUCGUGUGGAGAUCAAGGUGAAGGCUCGCAGUCAGUUUAAAAGUCGGUCCACAGCGAACAAUGUGGCCAUUAUGGUGCCAGUGCCCAGCGACGCUGACUCACCCAAGUUCAAGACCAGCACGGGCAGUGCCAAGUGGGUUCCUGAGAAGAAUGUGGUGCAGUGGAACAUCAAGUCCUUCCCAGGUGGGAAGGAGUACAUCAUGCGUGCACACUUUGGGCUGCCCAGCGUGGAGAGCGAUGAACUGGAGGCGAGGCGACCAAUCACAGUCAACUUUGAGAUUCCUUAUUUCACUGUAUCAGGGAUCCAGGUAGGGACCUUUAAUCAUCAGCCCGCAGAUUUAAUCCCACUGCUUUGUUUUACAAAUGCAUCGUUUCACAUUCACACAAGGCUGCGCUGCUGCAUCGACGGGAAUGUAAAUGUGAUGUUAAUAAUAGACUUUAAAGCGUUACCAUGGGUGCGUUACAUCACACAGAGUGGAGAUUACCAACUCCGGACAAACUAAAGGGCAAAGAUGCUGCUAGACGAAUGGGUUUUCUGCUGUCUCCUCUCCUCUCCUCUCCUCUUGUCUCCUUUCCUUCUCUCUGUACUCCCCUUUUCUUGGCAGCGGAGGACAUAUUCAGGCGGACUACAGCUGAAUGAGACGUAAUCUCUUCCAAACUUUUUUCAAAUGGAAAACAAAAUGGUGCAAAAACCACUAAUCUGUGAUUUAUUUUCAAAGAAGUUCCUCAGGAUUUAAAUGAACAUUUUCAGCAUGUGGAAGGUGACGAUGUUUGCUCUAACUGCUUAGACAUUUACUCUUAUGUGAUUUAAAAGAACAAACAGACGUUUGUAAAAAUUUUUUUUCUUCAAAAAAAGGCGAAACCUAUGUAAAUGUAUUAUGACAUCCGACGGUGUAACAUGCAAAAAUCUGCGUCUUGUGAGCCAUCACCAUUUUAUUUCCUGCAUAUCCACAUCUGUUAAUCUUCACUCAUAUCAUUUGAACCCAUUUUGCCUGAACUCUGUUUGCCUUAAGAAAAUUUGCCUAUGUAAAAAAAAUCACCUUUAGAACUGUGAGUAUAACCACCACCCCCCCCACCUCCCCGCACUGAGGCUAACACCAGCGACCAGAUCAAUGAUUAAUAAGGCACAAUAUUGUCAAAGACGUUGGAGGCGUAACAUAAUAUUGUGGACACUCUCUCAUGGGGCCUGUAACCUUGUCCUUGUGCUCAACAUCAGCGGGCCGCUGCCGCUGCGAGGUCCAGACUGAACCAGACCAGUGCAGACGGUUCUGUCAUGUUCUUAUCGCUUGUUUGUUCUCUGCUGGUUUCUCUCCUGUGAAAAACGCUGAGAAUGGCAAAAAAAAAAGGGAAGAAAUUCUGACGUAAAAGUACUUGAAGGAAUAUGUUGCUUUGAAGGAACACAGAAUAGUGACAACUAUAUUGAGUUGGGGGGGGUUUGUUUGAUAUUUAACAUGUGCAUCGUUACAGUUGGUCUGAGUAAUGAAGUUUUCAAGAAGUGCGAAAAACAUAAUAAAUGUUGCGUCGGACAGGUUUCUGAAACUAAUGAGGUUUUUUCUUCAAUGUGUUUUUAUUAAUUUAUCAAACAAUUUUGUCCAUAGGAAAAAGGGAUAUAUUUGGAAAAAUAAAUACAUUUUGUAUCUAAUAAUAUUGAACGUUUUGUUAUUGUUGUUUCUUAGAGAUAAAAAAAUCUAAACAUCAGAAA